AUGGCGGCCGCCCCCCAUGGCGGCCGGGCAGCCCCGGCGGCUUCGCUCUUGUGCCCUGGGCAUGCUCUGAUGUCAUCUCCCCGCGACAUCGCGGGCACGCGGACUAUGGAGGAGGAGAGCGGCGGGAGCCCGGAAUUGGGAUUGACACCCGAGGGGCCCAGCGGGGCCGGCCCGGCCGCGGGCCCGGCGCGACGGCGGCGGCGGAAAGGCGCCAAGAAGCGGCAGGGAGCGGUGGCGGCCAUUCCGCGGGGCAGGCCGAAGUCGGGGAGGGUGUGGAAAGACCCCGGGAAGAAAAGGUUCUCCCACAUGAUCCAGGACAAGGCUCUCCGCACCUCCUGGGCCCGGAAAAUAAAGGAGAGGGAGGAAAAGAAGCUGGUCCGGGAUUUGGCGCGGCAGCUGGAGGAAGGGAAACGGAGGGAGCAAGAGGAAAAGAAGCGGCGGCGGGAGGAGAACCUGAAGCGGCGUCUGGAAAACGAAAGGAAAGCCGAGAUUGUCCAAGUGAUCCGGAACCCCCUGAAGCUCAAGAGGGCCAAGAAGAAGCAGCUCCGGCGGGUGGAAAAGCGGGACACACUGGCCCUGCUCCAGAAAACCCCUGUCAGGCGCAGCACAGCCAUGGAAUGAGGCGGGAAUCGGGAUCCUGCCACAGCUGGGAUGUGCGGCUGGGAUUCCUAUGGAUCCCGCUCCCUUCUCCAGGGAUGUUUUCCCUGGCUUGGAGGGCAGGAAUUGAUGCUGGGACCCUCAGUGUUGGACAGACAACAGGACAGAUGACCCGCUGGAACCUGCUGGAUCCCCAUCCCUGUGGAAUUGGGAUGUUGCUGGAACAAAACUUUGUUUUCCCAAAUUUGCCUUUUCCCUAUAAAAAUGAUCAGCAACUGAGA